AUGAGACGUAACAGCAUCUCAGCCUUAGUGCUGCUGCCUCUGGUCUCGCAACAAUACUUUGGCAACGACGCGCCCUGGUACCGCAACCGUAUCCCAUUCUUCGAGAGCAGCGACAGGGAGAUCACUGAUGUCUAUUACUACCGUUGGAAUAUCUUUCGUGCCCACCAGCGUGAUCUCGGCGCCAAUGGAUUCAUCUCGACCGAGUUCCUUAACGAUGUGGGCUGGCAAACCAGACCGUGGGCGUCUUUGAACGAUGCCACAGCCUUUCAUCUGCUUGAAGGCCGCUGGUGUCGUGACAGGCGGUUCAAGGAGGACUAUGCAACUUUCAUCUUGGGUCCGAACAGCAACACCCGCCAAUUCUCGGAGAGCAUGGCGGCGGCGGUCUACAAAGGCUUCCUGGUGGAUGGCGUCUCGGCUGAUGCCACGGCACGUCUUGACCAGAUGACAUCCGUCUACAACGCAUGGCAAGAUGCACUCGAUACAUCGAAGGGACUCUACUACGUGGAGCCGAUCCGCGACGCCACAGAGUACACCAUCUCCAGUAUCGAUGCUAGUGGCGGCCAGGACGGUUUCUUUGGAGGCAACUCUUUCCGACCCAGUAUCAACGCGUACCAGUACGACAACGCGGUCUCCAUUGCGAAGCUAGCUCAGCUGAAGGGUAAUUCGGGUAAUACUGUUACCACCUACAACCGACGAGCGGCAGACAUCAAGACUCGUGUGCAAGACGACCUUUGGAAUUCGACAUUUGGGCACUUCACCGACCGCUACCAGGUCAACAAUCAGUAUGUGAAAUACUGGGACUUCAUCCGUGGCCGUGAACUUGUUGGCUUCGUUCCGUGGGCCCAUGAUCUGCCAGAUGACACCUCCAAAUUUGCUGAAGCUUGGAAGCACGCUCUUGACACGAAGGAGUUUGCUGGCCCUCGCGGUCUGCGUACUGUGGGUCCAAGCUAUCAGUACUACAUGCGUCAGUACCGUUAUGUGGAGGAGAACGGCAGGCAGCCCGAGUGCCAGUGGAACGGUCCUAUAUGGCCUUUCCAGACUACCCAGGUGCUCACGGGUCUUGCCAACUUCCUUGACCAUUACCCCAAGGGAGCUGCAACUGGUGUCAUCGGCAAGAGCGACUACACCAAGAUCUUGCAGCAGUAUGCUAAGCUCCACUACAAUCCUGAACGUGGUGGCAUCUUGGAUCUUGAGGAGGACUACUACCCCGACACUGGCUUCCCGAUUGUUGGCCUCAAGCGCUCGCCUCAUUACUUCCACUCCGGCUUCGUCGACUCCGUUCUCUCUGGCUUCGUUGGUAUUCGCCCCAGCGCCGAUGACGUCCUCGAAGUCAGCCCUGCCGCCGAAGCCUCCGCUAUCUCCUACUUCCGCGCCGACUCGAUCAUCUACCACGGCCAUGAGAUUGCCGUCCAGUGGGACGCCAACGGUUCGCGCUAUGGCUCAGCCGGUCUCAAGGUCGAAGUCGACGGUAAGGUGGUCGCUUCUUCGCCGACACUCGCGCGCCUCAAGGUCAACCUCAGCCGCACUGUGCCUCCCGCCAUCACUCGCAAGAUUGCGAAAUCCAUCAAGCUCAGCACAGACACCGCCUUCCCCGCCGGAAGUGCCUCCGUCCCUGGUGUCGACGCAGCCUCCUUGUACGGCACGAUUGAUGGUCGCAUCUGGUUCUUCCCUGAGACUGAUGUCGCCAAUGGCUGGAGCACACCCAAGGGCAAUGGCACUGAGAUCUGGUUCCAGGUCGACUUUGGGACAACCACUGCUGUCAGUAGCGCCGAAAUUGCGUUCUUCACCGAUGCCAAGCAGGGUUUUGAUAUACCUUCGAGUUACCGCAUCCAGGCUGCGAAGGGUGACACGUGGGUCAAUGUUUCGGGGUGGGAGUAUGCCAAGCCGGUUGGCAACGGUAUCACUGUAGCCUCGUGGUCUGCGGCCAAUAGCCAGAAGGUCAGGAUCGUGUUCACGCCGAAAGAAGGACAGAAAGUCCGGCUUGUUGAGUUCAAACUCUUCUAG